AUGAACACAGUAGUAAACAUCAAAACUUUAGCGGACAAAGGCCAACCAAGAGGCGAACUCACUGAAGCCGUCAAAGCCGAACUAAAAAAACUUGGCCCAUCUCGGCCAGAUUUGGUCAUUACACAUCCCUUACCAACCCAACGUUUCUACAAAGUGUUGGUUGAAAAAUUCGACAUGGAGAUGUACAACUUGGCAGAUUGGCUGUGUGGCUGUUCACAACAAAACGCCCUUUUUUGCUACAUUUGUUUAGUUAUGAACGGUAAGGAGACAGAUAUAUUGAACGGGCCGUCAUAUUAUUGGCUUACGUCAAAAACGAAACUAAUGGAGAAAAUCAAUCAACACCAAGCAACGCCACAGCAUAUGCAGUGCAGCCUCGAUUACGCCCUACUGGGAGAAAAUCAUGUUCAACCGCAUCUGAAGAACGAUUUUUUCGUGAGUGUGACACAACAUAAUGAGAAAGUGCGGCAAAAUCGUUACAUUCUGAGUAAACUGAUUGACUGUGUAAAGUACACUAGUGGUGAGAGUGAUUACAAAGCUGAAAUGACGCAAGUGAUGAAAGAGAGCAAAAGUUCAGUUAGUGGUGCUUUAUUCCCAGAUCAAGUGUGUGAUGUGUUAUUAGACUCCAUUCAUGCAGUUUGUCUUGACUUAAUCCACCAACAAAUUAGACAAACAGAUUUUGUGUCUCUGGAAACUGAUGAAGUUAGCACAGUCGGAUCUCCCGUGAAGCUAGUUUUUAUUGUCCGGUAUGAACUACAAGGUGAAAUCCAUGAACGCUUUUUGAAAUAUGCAGAAACACAAUCAAACCAUUCACAUAACGUUGCGAAUAUUAUGUUGUGCGAACUUCACAAAUUGGCUGCUGUUCAUACGAAACCCGACAAUAUAAUAUCGUUUAGCUAUGACGGCUUGGCGUCGAUAUUUUCUCGUCGGUCGGGUCUACAUUCAAAACUUAAAGACUAUUUUAAAAAAAUCCAGUUCAUUCACAGCUAUGCGCACAAUAUCGAUUUCGUGGUUGAACACACGGGGUCUCUUUACAAAGAACUUCAAAUCUUCUUCGUCAAUUUGAAAAGUUUCCGGGAUUUUUUUUCACGUUCGGAAAAAUACAUCACCAUUCUUGACGGUGUGGUGGCAAAUCGGCUGCAUGGAGAGUUCAAAACUGAGUGGAAUUUUCAAGCGACGUCACCCACAGUGAUCACUCUAUGUUCACACAAAAGCGAUAUUGACGAAUGUUUGGAUUUAAUUAUAGAUGUAGAGGUGGAACGAUCGAUUAUUGCUGAAGCCGUGGCUUUGAAAAACUUGCUCGACGAUGAAGAUUUUAAUUACUGGGUGGAUUUCUUUGCGAAAGUUAUGCCUGUGUGUGACGAACUCUUCUACCAAAUGCAACAACUGAAAGCUUUUGAUGCGGUGAAAGUCAGAACGAUUGUAGAAAAUUUCAAAACUGAGAUGAAUUAUGUGAAAAGUAGCAUUGGUGACAAUGUUGAGGCGAAUUCUCCACCGAGUAAGAAACUCCGUAUGGGAGAAACCGUAUAUAUUAAGGAAGAAGUGAACGAUAUUGUUUACGAUCAAGCUCCGCCCACGCAAGACUUAAGACAGUUCACGCGGACGGUGAAAACUAAUCAGGUUUUUAACGUGAUUAUGGCAUACAUUGAAGAACGCGUCACACCAAGUCCUUUCUUAGUGUUAGCUUCCUUGGUCCAUCCGGGUUUUUUCGCUCAGUAUAAAGUAGCUUUCCCGAAAGCGGAAGUAGAACAAGUAGCGAAACUUUUCUCGUUGGACAAAGACGCACUCACCGCCGAACUGGAAAUUAUAUAUGACAGACAUGAGUUGUCUCAAGCGGAAGGCGCUCUGUCUCUCUUGGGGUACUGGUACGAAAACCAGCUAGCUGAUAUUCUUCCUGAAUGUUUUAAAUUACUGAAAAUAGUUUGUACUGUGCCUAUGAUGACGUCUGAACCUGGAAGGUGUUUUAGUACUUUGAAACAAAUUAAAAAAUUCCUGAGAAAAGGCGAAAAGAAGUCUGACGUUCUGACUGUGUGUUUCUUAGAAAAGGACCUGAUGAAGAGUACUCCGAAUUUUAAUGAGUUGGUCAUUGAACAUUUGUGCCGACAGAAAAAAGGGGAUGCGGACUUUUCCCGAUUUGCGUUCCAACAGUUGUAUUAA